AUGGGUUGUGCAGCAUCAAAUGGGACGAAUUUUAAUGAGGAAGAGUUCUUUCAGUCUCUGCCUUCAGAGUCUAGUUUAGAAGUCCUUGAAACUACUCGAAAUUCCGGUGUUUUCAAACAAAGAUUAGAAUUAUUAAAGUCAAUAACAACAGAUAUUUCAAACAAAACAGCUCGAGACCUCACAAAUAUUCCUAAGAAGUCUAUUUUAAUCAUUUGUGAAACAUUAAAUCCAAAAACUCAAACUGACGCUGUUUGCUCAGUGAAUGAUUCUAUAUUAACCGCUAAAUGUGCUGAAGCAUUUGGUUUUUCUACAUUUACACUUAUUAAUCCGCAGAUUACAACAAUGCUAACCGCAAUUCGAAUAUUUUUAUCAAAAGUUACUGAUAAUUUAAUGAUUUUCUAUAAUGGAUUUCAUAAGGCAUCAAGUGAAAAUCCAAAUAAAUCAUUUUUGACGUCUGCUGAUCAAUUAAUUCAGAUGAAAAUUUUUAUAGAAUCAUUUCAUGCUUAUAAACUUCCUUCUUCCAAUGUUUCAUUCUUUGUUGACGUAGAUCAUACUGAUAUUGGUCAAAUUACAGUUCCAAAUAAUUUGCCACCGAAAUGUGCAAUUUUUACGCCAACUUCUAAGGCAUUUCUAUCAUACUUCAUAUGGAAAGCUCUGAAAGUGAACAAAUCAAUAUCAAUUAAAGAUCUUAUCGAUACAAUUAACCAACAACUGGAACCACUUGGUGGAAAGAUACAAGAUUUAUGCGGAUCAGAUAUUAAUAGGGAAUCUCCGUUUAUUAACUCAUAA